GCUACGAACAUGAAACUGAUCUAGAAUUAUACGUAUAUAUUCAGUUUUAGAUUUAUCGAUAAACAAAUUGAUAUAAUUUCGUACUUUCCAUUAUCAAUGCUUCCCGCGAUAUCGUGUCAUAAUAUCACUUUUCUGAGAUGAUAGAGGAAGAUGAAGAAACAUUAAUUGCCGUAAUUCAUGAGAUUAAUAUGAAAGACUAGGAAGCGAUAAGAGAUGUAAAGGAGAAUUCGUCGCUUUAAAAUAGACAUCCGGGAACUCGAAUAUGCCUCGGUACUCUACUUUGUGUGUAGUACUCGAGCCUGCUAAAUGUAUCAUCGCACGUAUAUUUAGGCGUACUGUCAUCGGUCAGGCUCAAUCUGUACAUCCGUGUAUCUAGCUUUUCCCAUUUUCGUGAUCGAUCAUCGAUCACGUUUGUAUAACUUGUGAAAAUUAUUUCAAGGUCAAAAUGGAUCCCCUAAACCACGUAUUCACUGCCUUUUUUUAUUUAGUAUUAAUUAUUGUUAUAUUUAACAUUCGAACUGACAGUCGUUAAAUGCACGAAGAGAUCGAAUGAAAUUUUCCGGCUAUGUUCAUUUUCACAAAGAAUUAAGUUAGCCAUCAUGUGACGGCUUGAGUAAUCGUUCGUUAUUCAAAUCGCGACGUUAUCGUAAAAUUGUAGCACGUAUCAUUAAUUGCGCGUGGAAUUAAAGUUCAGCAAAUGUUAUAUUGUCGCUCGACGCGUUAUCUGUUUACAGUGCGGACUCUAGUCAUUCGUGAAACAGUGGAGUCCAUGAAAUCAUCCGCAAUUACAUGUGUACUUAACGUUCUGUUGGAGAUCAAAGAAUACAGUUUAACGCCAUUACCGAUAACGAGUAGCAAUCCAAGUAAAUACAUAAUAUCAUUAUAAACGCACGUAUGAUCGUGUAUAAUAUGCGUAUCCAAAUAGAACGUGGUAUCAAUUAGUAGGCUGUUUUUAUGCGAAAUGGAAUCCACCUACUGUGCAACUGAUUAGUGGUCGACGACUAAUUGAAUGACGAAGUUGAGAAGUUUCUAUAAUAUUAUAAAUAGUUGCACGUGGUUCUGAAAUAACGCUGGUAUAGAUUAGGUUUAUUAGAUCGUGGAGAGUGAACGCAAGCCUUGUUUAAAUAUUUCAUUUUUUACCACAUAUGCAUUUUAUAAAAGUUAUUAUUGCGAAGUUAAAAGUGAACCAAAUAUAUACGCGUAUUAGAAAGUAACUAGUAAAGUUGGUGAAUAAAUAAUACAAUGAAGUUCCACAGCCACGGACUUAUUUAUUGAAGCAAUUUCCUGAUUAUUGAACAAACUAUGUUGGUGCAUCAUGGGAAAAAGUACUGUAUUUGAAAGUUUGUGCGAGAAAAUGGGGCGGUUUAAGAGACAGUGCAUUCAGGAUCCGUGCUGGAGGUGUUUUGUGAUCCGAGAUUGUUAAUAAUGCCACAGUACGACGACAGCUUCCUGGACUCGCCGAUCUUCCGGCGACGCACGCGUAGUUACGCGGUGCAAAAGGAGUUCGUGCCGAAGUCGAGGAGCUUCAUCACGGCCACACCUUUGCUGCUGGCCGUGACCAAUCAUGCCAGGACCCUUUCCGGUUCCGUAUCGACCUGCAGUUUGAAAGAAGGUGAAGAGCGGUCCGGGGGUAAGGCGCGGGGCGGUAAACUAGCGCGUCGUGCUCGCUCCUUCAAAGAGGACUUCCUGGAGAAGCUCUCCCAGAUGCGUUCCCCGGGCAGCGGUAGCGGCGGCGGUGGCAGUGGUGCGGCGACGAGGGCCGCAUCGCCUUCGUCGCCCAGGACGCCUCGGGACAAGAGCGCCCCGGACUCUUCUGGGGCCACUCUCGACAAAAAUCCCCUUCGCGAUCUGCACAUCCACGUGCGGCAGGUGCAGCUGGCACUGCUCCACUUCAGAGACGUUGUGUCGAAGAAGAAGCUCGAGAUGUUGCCCGGGAACGGCACCAUCGUCCUCGAUACCGUGACCACUAUACACACCGUGCUCAAGUCCUAUCUGCUCUAUGAAAACAGCUCGACUCUCGGGUCGGCGACGAAUCAGGUGUACCAGGCUCUAGCGCAAUUAUUAAAACUUUGCGAUGACGUGCUGUUGCACGGCGAUCAGUCCUCCGCGUUGGACACCGAGAACGUGACGCACAUCAUAGGAUUAGUCGAGGAAGCCGUGAAAAACCUCGUUGCUCUAGCGAACGAGAAGAUCGCCAACAGGCAAAAGCCCGCCGCCGCCUCCACUAACAAUAGAACGUCGGGUUACGGAUCGGAAUUGACGCCACAAAGAAAUUCUUUACCCGAUAUCCCGCUAACCCCGAGGGAGAGGCAGAUUUUAGAGCAGACCGCUGCGACUACUAGUCUGGUCCGUAGUUCGCAUAGUUCAGAGUCGAUUUUAAGGGAUUCUAGUCCACCCCCGAAACCACCACUCCCCGAAAGAACAAACGUUUGUCUGUCGGAAGAAAAUAGUUCUUCAGGUAUGCCGCCUCCGUUACCUCCCAAGCGGAGAACGAAGGCCCAGCAGUUGCUGGACGAGUCCGAGGGUCUUUUAGCAUCUAGUCUUGACGGUGUCUCCCUACGUAGUCGAUCGCCAGAAGAUUCGUCGUCACUUUUAAGCGCGUCGGCUGGUAGUUUGGAUUCGACCCUGAAUCAUUCUCGCGAUGAGGAUGAGAUACGGGCGAUCAUGGGACCAAACGACGAGUCUCUGAACGACAGUAUGGAUCUCAGCCUAAUGGCCACUAUUCAAGGCAUCCAAGUUAAUGGUAGCUCAAACUGUAGUUGCUGGGACGGUUCCGAAACCAAUAUACCGAGCACGAUGUUAUUGGGUCAACAAACUCCUCAAGAAAUGCUUAAUCCAUUCACCGGUAUAGAAGGGAAAAUGGAACGAUUGUCGACCCAAACGCAAGAAUCUGGUUUCGUAUCAAUGCAUUCACAACGAAGUUCGUCGCAAAGUUAUACCGCAUCCAGUAUAACGUCCAAGAGAUCCUCUCAGCAGAGCAGCAUUAGUUAUAAUUCGCAAACGUUCAAUUCGCAGCAAUCGUUCUCGCAAACGAAACUAUCAUCGGACAGCAACGGGUCUAUUUACACACAGAAGACAUUGACCAGUUCGAAGAGUGCCGUUAGCUCGACAAAUCUAUCCGGGAGCGCCGAUGCCGCGAUGUUGGAAAAAUUGGAUAUAGAAUCGAUAUCUUCCUCGGAUGCGAACGGUGUGCCACCAGCGUUGCCAGAGAAACGUUCGAAGCGAAGGAAAGAACGCCAACCAUCGCAGUAUGACAAUGUACCUGAAAAUGAGCAUUUAUCAACCUGUAGUUUACACACUAGCAACGGCGACAGCCCGGAUGCCAGUAAACCUCCUCCGCUCCCCCUUAAGAAAAGGCACAUGUUCCAAUCAGUGGCAUAUUCUGUAAUGGCAUACAUGGAGAUGUUUGGGAACUGUUCCCGCAGUAACAAUGACUUCAUCUCUGGUCUUGGGACUCGGCAUUCAGUGGCAGCUUAUAAUUCAAUGCAAGCAGAAUGGCAACAACACGAGAUGGCCCUUACAACGACGCAGUCGUGCUCGUUCAUGGCGCACACUAUGACCACCUUGCACGACAGUUCAAAUACCUCCUUAACUAUGACACCGUCAGUAACAGAAAUAGCAAAUAAUUCUAGUCUACCACCAGCGUUGCCACCAAAGAGAUCCCGUUCGAUUAAAUCUAACGCAACUCCGCCGCCGAUUUCGCCGAAACCAACGAUUAGCAUGCAAAGUAUAAACACCAUAGAACCAAUGGUAACGUCAACUCCUGUGAAGGCGGAGGAGCCUAUUUCCAUCCACGAAAAGAAAGAAGUGACACCGUCGACUCCAGUGAAAUCGAGUAACGUUGCUUUGGACACGAUAUUACCAUCUUCGAGACCCGCGAGCAACGCACUGUCGUCGAUAUCAGUUGACGACAGCACUUUGGAGUUAAGAGACGUCGAUCAAGACGAUAGCAUCCUGGAUGAGCUAGAUAUCAGCAAGCAUUUAGUGUUUAAGAAACCUGACGAAGAAGGUCCGGAUAUAAAGGGAGGUCAUCCUGACGCACUGUUGAUUCAUGCUACCAAAGCUAACAGACACGAUGAAAAAGAAUCAGACUUUUUAUAUCAGGAGGCGUUCUUAACGACGUAUAGAACUUUCAUGCAACCACUGGAAUUGAUUCAAAAGUUGCACAGACGUCAUCAACGAUUCUCUUGUUCCGCUGAUGUCGCUAAGCAAAGAGCAGCUCGCGAGGCGUUCUCCUUACUAGUUAGGGUUGUUAGCGAUUUAACCAUGUCCGAUCUCAACGAUACUUUGUUACAAACCCUGAUGGAAUUCGUGCAACAAUUGGUAUGCAGCGGCGACCUGACCAUGGCAAAAGCUUUGCGUGUAAAAAUUUUGGAGAAACACGCGACGAAACAGUUGCAAGCCGCGCAGCCGAUUCUCUCCUCGUUGAGUGUGACAACGAAACAAGCUUCGCUUCUUGAUUUCAAGAGCGAACAAAUCGCUGAACAAAUGACAUUGCUAGACGCGGAUCUAUUCAUGAAAAUUGAAAUACCGGAAGUGUUGAUCUGGGCCCAGGAACAGAACGAGGAGCGUAGUCCGAACCUGACCAGAUUCACUGAGCACUUCAAUAAAAUGUCGUAUUGGGCAAGAUCAAGGAUAUUAGAACAUAGACUGGAGAAUGAGGCGAAGGAUAGAGAGAAAUACGUGGUAAAAUUCAUCAAGAUAAUGAAACACCUUCGGAAAAUAAACAAUUUCAAUAGCUAUCUAGCUUUACUGUCCGCACUGGACAGUGCGCCCAUUAGAAGGCUUGAGUGGCAGAAACAUAUUACCGAGGGCUUGAAAGAAUACUGUGCCCUUAUUGAUAGCUCUAGCAGUUUCCGAGCUUACAGGCAAGCUUUGGCGGAGACACAACCGCCGUGUAUUCCUUAUAUCGGACUUGUCUUACAAGAUCUUACAUUUGUGCACAUAGGAAAUAGCGAUCUGUUACCGGAUGGCACUAUAAACUUUUCGAAAAGAUGGCAACAAUUUAAUAUUGUCGAAAAUAUGAAAAGGUUUAAAAAAGGGACGUAUUCUUUUAAGAAGAAUGAACGUAUAAUCACGUUCUUCAACAAUUUUAGCGAUUUCCUCUGUGAGGAGGCGAUGUGGCAGAUAUCGGAGAGUAUAAAACCGCGUGGCGGAAAGAAGGCACAACCACAGAACUAGAACACAUCUAACCCUUUCACUGCCUGCGUCUCGAAAUCGAAAGGCUGAACCAGUGAAUUAGAACAUUUGUAUUUAUGGUAUUUAGGUAGGUUUUGUUUAAUUCUAACGAGCCGAGGACAACAAAAAUAAUGAAAACCAUGCACCACUCUAAAGGCGGUGGAAGGGUUAGCUAUAUCUAUCUCAUUUCAACAGCCUCUGUGAGGUUGUAUAUUUAAUUUAUGGGAAUUUUUAAUAUUCAAUUCCAUAUCGAAGAUAAGAGAUACGAAACAGACAUUUAGAUCAAAUUGAUAUUUGAUGUAUUGAUUUCGUUCGAUGAUAUAACUUGCGUGUACGGAUAAUGUCGAACGUGUGAAUCGAAACGCGCGUUAGAGAGAUAUGUAUGAAUUGGCUAGAUCAGUCACGUUUCAAAUGUAUUUUUAUAGUUUUUUCCUUUUCGCUGUAAGAUUGGUAAGAAGUAAAAAGAAAAACAGAAAUCGUGUUUUGCUAUGGACCUACGGAACGUAUACUUAAAAAACAAGCUACAGCUGUAAAAGAGAUGCUUGAACAUAACAUGAAGGGAACGAAACCCCAGAGAACAAAAAAACAGACACGUGCACACAUAUACAUAAACAUAUAUUGACAUUAAGUAUUCUACAUGUAUAUCUAUAUGGGAAAAAACUAUUUAUUUAUUUGCUUUAUAUCAACGACAUGUAAAAUGUAGUAGGUGUCAUUCACUAAUCUUCUUUUUCUAACUUAUUUAGAUAUUGUAUAUGUAAACGUCCAUCGUAUAGCUUUAUCGUAGAUAGUGAAACUUUUUCAAACGUCAACGGACAGGAAUGAAAAACCAAGUCCGUUCGACUUCGCAAGGAUGAACACCAAUUAAUUUGAAUUUAAUGUAGAGCCAUCGUGAACUUGGGUGUCCAAGCGUCGAUAGACGCUUACUCCCGAGCGCGUGGCACGACUGAGAGCGUACUGUUACAUAUACUAUUGUAUAUGAUUGUAGGCGAAACACUUUUUGUUGAGAACUUGUUAAUAGGUAUCCAAGCUUUCAGCUUUAAGUCGAACGGUUACCUAGAAGGUAUGUAAGUAGGUAAAUUUUAAGCGAACGCGACGAGGGAAACGAGAGUCGAAACGAAAUUUUAUCAUCACCCUCUUGUACUUUUACCGAUAUAAACCUAGACGAUAUCUUUUAAUAUCGGAAUUAUUGCACGUACGUUUCUUAUCGUUUUCACUAAUGAAAGAGCGAGUCUUUCUUUCACGAUACAUUCCGAUGGAGUGAAAGAAUUCGAACGAAUUAAUCGUGAAGUUGAAGGGGACAGGCUGUUUAAUAAACAAGCUGAGAAUCAUACUGAUCGAAAUUGAAAUCAAAAUUUUUUCUUAAGUCGUUAUGAUUCUCGGUCAGUUAAAUACGUGAAGAAAUUUAAUAGAGUGCAUCGAGUAUUUUCUCUUCGGUUUUCUAAUAUAGAUACCGCUGUAAUGAUAUAUGGCUGUCUGUGUGCCUCAUAUUGUAGAACGAAUGAAUAUCUGCCUAUUAACGUUUCUCCAAUUUCACGUCUAGUGAUCAAAUUUGUAUAUGUCACAGUAAAGUUUAAAAAAUGUAUUCACUUAUUAGCCAAAGUUAUAAUAGAUUCGUUUUCCUCAUUUAUAAUACAUUAUUACUAAGUAAAAUGGUUGUAUAAUUUGACUAAUAAGUACAUACAUUCAAUUUCGUUACUAUAACGAAUAAAAAAUUCUUGAAACGUAAAAUUAUAAUAAUCGAGGCUUUGAGAUAUUUUCGUCAAACAGUCACAUCUAUACUAACGCGCGCACCUCUUCAGAUUAUAAAAAGAGGCCUAAGAAGUUGAUAGUCAAUCUAUAAGCAUGCCGUUAAUUCAAAUUCACCGACUCGUUAUACACCGAAAGAAAGAGACAAAGUAAAAAAAGCAGCCAUGAUUUAGACUUGAGUCAUAGAUAAAAAUAUAUAUAUAUUAUAUAUAUUAUAAAUUCGAUAAACAGUCGUCAAUUUCAGAGUAUGCACCAAGUACGACUAAUAACUUCCAAUAUGAAUCACAAAGAGAUAAAAAGAAGGCGUUGAAAAUAGAUGCACUCCGUUAAUCGUAACAGCGAAUGAUACACUGAUAUUAAAAAGAAGGAAAAAGACGAGAGGAAAUCGAUCUUACUUACAAAACUUUUAUGCGUGACGCCGCGGUAAAUCAAAUUUAAGAUCGUUUCGUGAGAAAAUUCGUCUAAAUACAGAAACAUACCUGAGCGUGCGUGCGAAUAUGCUGUGAGAAACAUUUUUCGUUCAGUAAUCGAUAUACGAUGUACGUUAAUGUGUGAAAUUGAUUCGGCUAAUCGUAAGAUUAAGAAUGAAAGGUUUAAAUUAACCAUUGUAAAUAGUUUUGAUUGUAUCUAUAGUUUCUUGAAUGUACGCGAUUGCCCACUAAUUAUUCACAUUUUGUACAUAGACAGUAUACAUACGUGUACUGUACUUUUACAUUAACUUUACGCAUGACACGUAAUUUAAUUUCAUGUACGUUUUCCUCUUUCCUCAUUUAAGUCGACCGAAAUUAUUGUGAUGUCAUGUUGAGUUAUCAGACAAUAGCGGACCGCAUGAUCUUUAUAAUUAUUUUUCAUUUCAUUGGAAGAAUUAAAGACACAUCGUCGUGCCGAAUAAUUUCUUAAAUUUGUACGAUGAACAAAUACACGCAAAUCUCUCAUGUGCAACAGACAGAAAACUGCACCGAUUUUUUUUCUCAAUUUUAGUAUAAAGUACAUAUAAACCAUUUCCAAACCAGAAAUUUCACACAUCCGUACUCAUCGUAUAAAUUUUCGGAUAUUUGGUAGUAUGUUCAAUUUUAUUUUCUGUAUUCUUUUUUUAAUACACUCACUAUCAUUUUUACCUUAAAAUUGAUGCCAACUUUUUACACAUCCUUCAGAUUCCUCGUACACGUAUACGCACACGCGUACUUCUACUUUCCAGAAUUCAGUUAAACAGUUCCUUUUACGAAACUGCUCACUUGAAAAUGUAUUUUUAAAUGGUGUCAUAUUAAUCGUCGUUGCGUCUAUUUUUUAUUAUAUUUUUCGCCAAUCUACUGUCGAUAGGACUCUCUUGUAAAUUUCACGAAAACGCGUAAGAGUAUACAAUUUAAGGUAAACGCUAACAGAACCAUGAGUGAGAUAAAAAAAACAGUGAAUAUGCAACGAAAAACUUAGACUCGAUCAGUUUAUUAGAUUAAAAAGAAAACAAGCAUUAGGCUACUUCGCGGUAGGCGAACGAAUUGUAAAGAAAAUUAAUUGACUUGAUAAUAAGAUAUCUUUGCAUUUUUUUCAUCUUAUUACACUGUUAGAAAUGCUUAAAUUCCAUUUAUCGAUUUCGUGAUUACAUAAUUAAAACCUGCUAACAUUAAAUGCGUACAUAAUCUGUAGGUCAAAUAUAUCUUAUUAUCAAUGGUGUUAAUUAUUUGGAAAUAAGAUUAAUCUUUGCGACUGCGUUUUCUCAGAUUGGUCAAGUAUAGACUAGCAUAACAUACGGAAUAGGUGUAAAACUGUGUUUCUUUUUCUAUGUUCUGCUGAUUAGAUAGGUAUAAUAGCUUUUGAGGAAUCAGUCUAUGGAUGAAAAUGGACUCUAAAGCAAUCGCUGUUAAACUUAUUCUUGCACAAAGAUUUCGUCAUCGCAUGAUCGUAGCAACGCUUCCACGGGCGAGGGAUAUUUGCUAUUCUACCAAUUAAAACUGAACAUUUUACAUGUACGAUAAAUUUGAUCGGACGAUUCAUCGAUCUCCUAUUGUAUUCCAAAAAAGCAAUGGAGGAUAAUACAGCAGUACAUUUUAAGUCGAGCAUCGAAAGUAAAAACGUUCUUCGCGUAAUGUGCGUAAACGGGAUGAAGAAUUUAUUUGAAGAUGCAUGAUCAGACGCGGUCAAAUAACUCUCGCCGAAUUUGAAUUAAAAUGUUUUCGAUUGUAUUGGGGAAUGCUUUUGAAUGUGUUUCCCCAUUAGGGGAAACAAUAAGUAAUAUUCCUCUAGCGGAUAUCGAUAAGCAUCAGAUAAGUAAUAAAUACUAUUAAUGUGUUACCGAUCUCUUAACGAAAACAGGAACAACAAAAAUAUAUGUGUAAUUUAACGUUUGAAUAGUUACCAGGGUAAGUAUUAGAAAUUUACUGAUACCUACCGAUAAUCACUUGGCGGCUGUUAAUGCUUCGAUACUAACGGUGUUUCAAGUUUCCAUUCGAUCCUUGACUAAGCGGGCCUGUCUAUCGAACCAUUAAUUAUCGUCAUGAAAAAAUGACAUAUCUGCAAAGUACAUGCUAUAAUUGCUGUUUAGAAAUGACAGUAAUCGAAAGACCCCAGCGAGAAUAGAGUAUCAAAAAAAGGCGACGAGAAAUGAAGAGGUGAUGUCGAUUUUAAAUUAAAUUGUUUUAAACGAUGAUGUAAUUUGUUUGUUUGUUCAGCAGUAUGAACAGGGGCGGAUUAACGAUUCACGAGGCUCGGGACUAAAAUGAAUAUAGGGAUUUAAGGGUAGUAAAAAAUGAUCAUUUUGUGAAUAUAAAUAAAAACUAUGUUAUUAUUUCUUCAAUUUAUUAUCGUAAGCAUAAUCUGUGCAAGUGCAUAUAUUUUUUUAUUCGAACCCGCAGGGCCUCUUGAAUAUUGGGGCCUAGGGCCAUAGUCCCAGCUAAUCCUUUAAUCUGUCCCUAAAUAUGAGAUAUACCGGCAUUCGUAAAUGGUUUUCAUUACGAAGGAAAAAGUAGAGAAUUUUAAUGCAUUGAACAUUUAAAAUUGCACGCCGAAAUAUCCAACUUAUGACAUAGUUAUCUAUGAUAAUAAAUUGUAUAAUAACGAUAAUGCGUUUCGAUCCGAAUUCAUUAUUCAUUUCAAGAUGAUAACUGCUUUUUCGAUUGACUAUAGAAAAUUCGUAAUUCGCAAGAAUUUUCAAACGCGCAGACCGAUUUGUUUUGUAAAUAAUUUUUAACGACGACUAAUAUAAUUUUCUAGCACGACCAACGAUUUAAAAUGUAACGGGGAAAAGAAUAGAGAUACAUUUUGCUAUUUCACUUUUCGGGCGGACGAACUUUCAAAACAUUCAUGCAAUUAAUCAAAAAUCAUAUAACAUAUAAGCAAAGACAUCGAACGAUAUCCGAAUCGGUUUCUCUCGAUCAAAAUUACCAACAAUCAAAAAAAGUUAUAUUUUUAAUGGAAAGCCGAAGGAUGAAAUAAUUUUAGGAGAUUCGCAUUUUCUAAAUACCUAUAAAUAUAUUCGAGAUUAGACGUACCGUAAUAUCUAUUCAUCUUAUAUUUUACUGCUGCUUUACACAAACAACAAAUUGCAUAAUUAUCGUAAUUUUAAGCUUUGAAAAAUCUUGUGCGGGAGUGUUGCGCAUUAAAAGAUAUUAAGUAUAAUUCUUCGAAAGGUAUCGGCGCAUUAAUUGUGAACUAAUCGCAUUGUUUGUAAAUUGUCAGAAAUAUUAUACGUGAGAAAUGAAUUGCUUCGGUUCGUAAUGUGAUAAAUUUCAAAGAACCAUUCAUGCCACCGGCACCGUAUUUGGAUUCAUCCCUUAAAUAAAGCUUUCAACCAGGACAGUGUACCCAUUUUUAAGAACCACAACAAUCUUUAUAUAAUUGUAUACAUACUUUUUAUUCGUCAAACAUGAACUAAUUUACUCGUGUUACCAUAAGAUAAUUAUUGUAGGACUGCCAUAAAAACACAUACAUAAAUGUCACAACCAAUUAUUUAAGGGAUCGACCCAGAGAUUCAUGAAUUUUGAGUUGCAUCGCUGUUGCAACAAACGAUCGAUAGAUCAUCAACGUUUAUCGACGCAGAGACAAUUACAUCUAAACAAGUAUCGAGUGGCGUUUAUAUUAAUACAUAUGUGUGUCUCAUUUAUAGGACUCUGUACACACGUAGGACAUUAUUGCGAUGUACCACAAAACGAAAAUAAGUGAUACGCGUAUCCGCGGCUCGUACACGGAACGAAACACAAUUCACGGAGCAUAUCAUUCGUAAGCGAAGCGAUUACUAUGAUAAUCACUAAAUAAUCCAAUCCAAUCGUUUUUAAUUAUAUUCACCCGCGACUAAGAUGGAAAUACCGUAUGACUCUAUACUCGAAAGGAAAUAAAACUGUAACACACUGUGCUCACGUCUUUGAUUAUGCGAUUUUCAUUAAGUAGCCGCGAUUAUAUUUUUCUAUGCAUAUUUUUCUUACCGUGCCGAAAUGCGGACCGUUUAUGUAAUAAUUAAUAUGAAGGAUAUUCCUGCGUCGAUGGUACAAGAAAGGUGGGGCGGUUCUACAUGGAAAAAUAAAUUGAGAAUAAAAGAUUUCAUUGUUUAAUUCCAAUUUAUUUUCUUUUAUACAGAAUCGCUCCUUCCUCGCUUUUACUACCGAUUCUCAGACCCUGUAUAUGUCUGUACCUACGAUCAUUACUUACUAAAUAAUUAAGAUGAUGUUAGGUCGUUUCGUAAGUCUUGUGUUUCCAUUUACGGAUUUUUAAUUAUAAACUACUUUGCUCCUUAUUUUAAAAAAUGAUUUAAAAAACGAAUUGAAAAUUGAGAAAAAGUAUAUCAUAGCCGUUCGUCAAAAUGCAAUAAUAUUUUUAUACUUUCAGGACAAACGUUUGGACUACAGAUAGUUAAUUUCUAUAUAACUUAUGCAACGAUCUAAUGCCAUAGUUUUUCUUCCGUUCUGUCUAUCGAAUAAGUACGUUAAACAUUUUUAAUAUGCGUACGAGUAAGGUUCUCGACCGAAUGUUAUUGCUUCUUUUGUAAUAGAUGUAUGAAGAAGUAAAAUAAAAAUGUGUUAGAGCCAAUGCAAAUAAAAUUUGACAACAUUUA